AUGCUAUGCAAAAGCUUUGGCUUACGAUCCGCACCACUCCUGAAGCUCUUGUUCGAAGGAAAACGCACGUUGCCAUUGGUCAGCGCAAUGGAUGCGAAAUUGCUACGACGCAUUGAAGCGAAGCGCGAUCAGUUUGCACGUCUUCCACAUACGUCAUCGUUGAAGAGAGCUAUGCGCGAGAGUUACUUCCUUCAUAUCUAUCACACUGUUGCAAUAGAAGGAAACACACUGUCGCUUGGACAAACGCGGUCCAUACUGGAAUCUGGCAUUGCUGUAGCUGGGAAGAGCAUACAUGAACAUAAUGAAGUGAUUGGUAUGGAUGCCGCGCUCAGAUACUUGAACCACUCUCUCCUUCACAGUAAUGAAAUUAGUUUGGAUGACAUAUUAGAGAUGCACAGAAGAGUGCUUGGAUAUGCUAAUCCGAUUGAUGCUGGACGCAUUCGGACGACACAGGUGUUUGUUGGGAGAUUCACGCCUGUAGCUCCAGAGUAUGUGAAGGAUCAGUUGGAUGAACUCGUGGAUUGGUUGAGGGAUCCUGGAACGUUGGAAAUGAGUCCAAUUGAGAGAGCUGCUAUCGCUCACUACAAACUUGUGGGUUUGAUCUUUCGCUUCCACAAAUAA